CCAAAAGAAGAAGUGCCGAAAGAAAUCUCUGAAAAAGUAAUAUUGAAGAAGCCGAAAGAAAAGUCUGUCAAAGAGGAAGUCGCCGACGAAGUGACGAUUAAAAAACCGGUUAUCGAGGAGAAAAAAGAUUUAAUUGAAGAAAUAACUUUAAAAUCUAAGCCAAGAAAAAAGAUGAUCCAAACGGAAGAAAUAUCAGAAGUAACCAUUGUGAAACCCGCAAAAAGUAAGAAGAUAGAAGAAAUUACAGAAGCAUCUGCAGAUGUACUAUUAAAGGAAAAAGAGCCAGUACCAAAAAUUGAAGAUGUAAUUGCGGAAGAAUUAACUAUUCGCAAAAUUGAGGUCGUAGAACAACCUGAAGAAGUAAUUGAAGAAUUUACUUUAAAACGCAAGCCACCGGGAAAAGCACCAAAACCAAUUGAAGAAAUUUAUGAAGAUGUUACUUUACGUAAAUUACGACCGAAGAAAAAAUCUAGAUUGGAUAUUAAAGAAAUUACUGAAGUAGAAAAUGUAACAUUUAGACCACGUUCUACAAAGAGAAAAGAGGAUGUAGAACAAGAAUUUAAAAUCUCGUUAAAUACAUAUGAAGAAGAAGAUAUUUCUAUGUCCGGUAAAGUGCGCCUAAAAUCAAAAAGGCGACCGCUUACAUAUUCUGAAGAAACUGGAGAAGAAACUAUCAAAAUAAUUCAAGAAAUUGAAGAUGAUUCCGGUCCAAUUAUUGAAGAAAUCAUUGAUGAAUCAGAAGAAGAAGUUAAAGAAGAAUAUAGCAUUGAAGAGCUUGACACUGACGAAAUGAAUAUAUCGCUGAGACGAAAGAAAAAGAAACAAAAACCUUCAUAUACUGUAGAAGAAAUUGAAGAAGAUGAUGUUAAACUGCAACUAAGACAUGAUAGAAAAUACUCAUACGAAGAAACCGAUGCUGAAUCAUUGGCGCUAAAAUUGAAGAGCAAGAGACGUAUUUCCACAUUCGAAGAAGAAGAAGCUUCUCUCAGUAUUACUAAAGAAGAGGAAAUAUCCGAAGAAGUUGAGGAACUUGAAUAUGUUGUUCAUGAAGGUGAUACAAUGUUUUCAAUUUGUUCUUAUAUUGCUGAAACGGAAGAAGCUAUUAAUUUAGUCGAAGGAGAAAAAGUUUAUAUCAUAGAUCAUACCAAUCAGGAUUGGUGGUUUGUAAAAAAACACUUGACCGAAGAAAAGGGUUGGGUACCAGCUCAAUAUUUAUUGGAUGAAACACAUUAUACUGUUUAUUUGCAACGAAAACUGCAUGAAAAGAUUGAUAAAUUGCCAAUCUUUGAGAAGCCGGCCCCUGGAGAAAAAGCGUCAGCACCAAGAUUUAUUGAAAAAUUACAACCAAUUCAUACAUUAGAUGGUUACACCGUUCAAUUUGAAUGUCAAGUGGAAGGCAUACCAAGACCACAAAUAACUUGGUUCCGCCAGACUGCUAUUAUUAAACCAUCUACCGAUUUUCAAAUGUAUUAUGACGAGGAUAACGUCGCUACCUUGAUAAUCAGAGAAGUUUUUCCCGAAGAUGCCGGUACUUUUACCUGUGUUGCGAAAAAUGCUGCAGGAUUUGCAUCCAGUACUACUGAAUUAAUCGUUGAAGCUCCUUUGUCAGAUCACGGAUCGGAUGUUACUGGUCUUUCGAGAAAAAGUCUUUCGAGAGAAUCUUCUCUUGCGGAUAUAUUGGAAGGUAUACCACCUACAUUUUCUCGAAAGCCAAAAGCGAAAUAUGUAAAUGAAGGGGACAACAUGAUACUAGAAUGCCGAUUGGUUGCUGUACCAGAACCAGAAAUAAUAUGGUAUCAUAAAGAUAUACCGGUAAUUAGCCAACAAAACAUUGUAGUUGCAACCGAAAGCGACAUGCAUAUGUACUGCAGUGUCGUGAAAUUUUCUAAAAUUCAAAAGGGGCAAGAAGGAAGAUACAAGAUAAUUGCUAAAAACAGAGAAGGCGAAGCCACUAUCGAAAUUCCUGUAAAGGUGAAAACUGGAAAGAGUGAAUCACCCGAAAUUUUAGAACCGUUACAAUCCCAUGUAGUCAAAGAAGGUGAGACUGUUGUUUUAUCGACUCAAAUAGUUGGUCAUCCAUCACCGAAAAUAACAUGGUACAAAGACGGAAAGCCGAUAAAGGGCUUGCAAUUAAAGCAAGAUGGACAUGUUAAUACAUUAAACUUAAUCCAACCUCAAUUAGCAGAUAGUGGGGAAUAUUCCGUUACAGCUAUCAAUGAUAUGGGCAAAGUCGAGACUCGGGCUACCUUGACUGUUGAGAUUAACUCCAUAUCACAAAUCAACAUUAACUUUCAACAAUGUAUGAACGACAAGCGUAUCUCGUUUGAUAAGGAAAUACCAAGUGGCGCCCCAGAACCACCAUUAUUCACCAAACGUUUCCAAGAGAUAAUCGUUCCGGAAAAAGGUACUUUUAAGUUAGUCGCCAGAGUCACUGGAAAUCCCGUUCCCGAAGUUACUUGGCUUAGAAACAAUAAACCGCUUGAUAAAUCGGCUAAUAUCAUAGAAAGUUAUGAUGGCGAAAAUAUUCUACUCGAAAUUAAAAAUGCAGACUCUGAAAUAGAUACUGGAGAUUAUAAAUGUGUCGCUAGUAAUUCAGUCGGAAAAGCUUCUCAUGGCGCAAAAGUUACGGUAGAUGUUGCCAAAGUCGUUUUUACGAGAAAUUUGCAAAAUGAAAUCAUAGUUGACGAAUAUAAAACUUUGGAAUUGAGUUGUGAGACAUCCCAUACUGUUUCGACGGUAUGGUGGCACAAAGACAAGGAAGUCAGCGGGAUGGAUCAUCGCGAGGUAAUCCAGGAAGGACGCCUACACAAGUUACUUAUUAAGAAGAGCGGUCUUUCCGACGCAGGAACAUACAAGUGUACCGUCAAGAACCAAAUGACGUUUAGCAAUGUUAUCGUCAAGGCGACCAAACCGGAAUUUGUCAAGAAACUGCAAGACUUCGAGGUAAAAGAACGCGAUGUGGCGAUUUUGGAGGUUGAAAUCACAUCUCAAACGACCGAUGUUACAUGGCGAAAAGAUGGUGAAUUAUUAACAUCAAGCAAGGGGAAAUUAGAAUUCGUGAAAGAUGGUACCGUGAGAAAACUUGUCAUCAGAAGCGCAUCAGUUCACGACGAAGGAGAAUACACAUGUGUUCUUCCAGACCAAGAGUGUACAGCGGAAGUUACUGUUGUCGAAUUACCACCAGAAAUCAUUAUAAAAAUGCAAGAUAUAACUAUAGCUACAGGAGAAAAAGCCACUUUUGACAUAGAGUUAACGAAAGGUGACGCUCUGGUACGUUGGUUCAAAGACGGACAAGAAUUGCAAUUUUCCGAACAUGUACGAUUAUCAAUCGAUGGCAAAAGACAGAAAUUGAAGAUCUACGACACUGAAGUAGAAGAUGCAGGAAUCUAUUCUUGCCAAGUUGGCGAUCAAACUUCGUCAGCUAGAUUGACAGUUGAAGAACCCGAAGUAGAUUUUAUAAAAAAAUUGCCAGAUGUUACUUUAGUACCUAUCAACACUGAUGCAACUUUUCUUAUUGAAUUAUCGCGUGCUGAUGUAUCAAUAACAUGGUUGAAAAAAAGUGAGACGAUCGAUUGUGCACGAUCAUCAAAAUACAAUAUUAUUGAUGAGGGAAAUGUCAAGAAGCUCAUUGUUAGAAAGUGCACGACCGAAGAUAUCGCUGAAUAUACUGCCAUAGUUGCCAAUGUAAAGACAACAACCAGAUUAAAAAUCGAAGUUAUCGAAACACCGCCUAGAAUUUAUCCUGAUACACUUAGAAAAUACAAAACGAUGAAAGGCGAUGACAUUGAUAUUGUUGUGAAAUUCACGAGUAAGCCAACUCCAAUUGACGAGUGGACAAUCAACGGCCGUGUUCUUAAAAAAUCUAAACGAUUUAUUCCAUCUAUCGAUGAAUGUUCAGCUAUUUUAAUAAUCAGAGAUGUACAAGAGAAAGAUUCUGGUAAUUAUAAUCUAAAAUUAACUAAUCCACAUGGAGAGGAUAGUAUAGAUAUCAACGUCAUCGUUGUGCAGGUACCCGGAGCACCAGGAAUUCCGGAACCUCUUGAAAUAACUGACAACAGCAUUACUCUUCAUUGGAAGAAACCAGAUACAGAUGAUCAUUCCUCAAUCAUAGAAUACAUUUUAGAAUAUCGAGAAAAGACAGAAACUUUAUGGAGCAGGAUUACGGAGACAAUAAUCGAAACUACAUACAAAUUGACAAACUUAAUCACUGAUAAGGAAUAUACUUUCCGCGUAACAGCUGUUAAUGAAGCUGGAUUGGGGGAGGCAUCUCUGAAUUCGCCAUAUCUAAGAAUUUCCAAGCUGUCAGCGUCCGAGCCACCGACCAUUCUUGAAGCACUUAAGAGCAUCGUCAUUGGAUUAGAAGGGACUGUUACACUUUCUUGCGUAAUUGGUGGUGUACCGACACCUCGUAUUACAUGGUUGAAAGACGGCACAGCUUUCGAAGAUAGUGACAUUAUAUACGAAAAUCAUGUGGCUAAAUACACUAUUUGGAAAACUACCGAGACAUCUUCGGCUACAUUUACGGUUAAAGCCCAAAAUGAUGCAGGAAUGGCGGAAACAUCAUGUCAAUUAAAAAUUCAAGAAUCUCCAAAGAUCGCCUGCGAUGAAAAUUUAAGAAACCAGAGACUAACAUUGGGCGAUAAAUGGAAAGUAGAGAUUCAUUUCAGUGGUUUCCCAAAACCGGAAGUAACAUGGACGAUAAAUAAUAAGACAAUAAUUGAUAAACGUAUUUCCAUUGAAACUAAGGAACAUACAUCUAUUAUUACGAUUCCUUCGCUCGUCAGAGAUGACACAGCUAUCUAUACAGUGAAAGCAUCGAAUGAAGCCGGUAGCUCAUCGAUGGAAUGUCAUCUUCGUGUCAUAGAUAAACCGAGCAAACCCCAGGGACCAGUUAUCGCGAAAGAAAUUAGACAAGAUCGUGUUACUAUAGAAUGGCGACCGCCGAUCGAUGAUGGUGGUGUGGAAUUGGAAAGAUAUACCAUCGAGAAGUGCGAAGCAAAUAAAAAAGUUUGGACAAAAGUAGGUGAUGUCGACAAAGAAGUCGAGAAUUUCUGUGCACAGAAAUUGCAGCAAGAUGUCGAUUAUCUAUUCAGAAUAGUUGCUAGAAACGCGGUCGGACCUUCAGAUCCUUUGGAAUCCGAAUCAAUUCGAGCAAGGACGUUAUUUGAAACACCAGGCCCGCCGAGAGGACCACUCCAAGUUUUUGGAAUGACAAAAACAUCAUUUACAUUAAAAUGGGAACCGCCAGAGAAUGAUGGUGGUACUCCUAUUACAGAUUACAUCGUCGAAAUGAAAGAAACAUCGAAGAAAGCUUGGCAAAAAAUUGUGGGUACAAAAGGGGAAGUCACUAAUGUUACUAUAUCUGAUAUAAAAACGGACGCAUCAUACAAUUUCCGAAUAACAGCUAAAAAUAGCGUUGGUACUGGUCCUCCAUAUACAGCGGAAGAAGUGAUUAUAGCUGGUAAACGACCGAAAUUAAUAAAGCUUACAGAAAACAGCAUAUACGUACUACUAGGCAUAUUUCCAUCAAUCAAAAUGAUUACCGUUAAGACGCCACCUUCGUGCCCCCUAAACGUCCGUGCGGCAAAUAUCACUAGCAAGAGCGUCACUCUCAAUUGGUUACCACCAACUACAACAGGAGGAUCGGAAUUGACAGGCUAUAUAAUCGAAAAGAGACCAUUAAUCGGGAAAGGCGCCAGGUGGACAAAGGUUGUCACUUUGGAUGCCACAACACAUCAAUAUUGUAUAGAAAACUUAAAGGAAAGCGAAUUCCUCUUUAGAAUCUUUGCUGAAAAUAGCUUAGGUCUUAGCAUACCGACCAAUUCCGAGCCUAUAACGCUAAAAACUCAUGCCAAUGUUCCGUCACCACCUACUGCUCCAUUAGAGAUGAGACAGAUCGCGGCGAAUACAAUGGUAAUCGAAUGGGGUAGACCUGAAUCAGACGGCGGUGCAUCUUUGGAGGGUUAUAAAAUCGCUAUUAGAGACGCAAAGAAAACCAUGUGGAUGGAAGUGGGAAGAGUUAGCGCGGACAUCCAAAAACUCAACAUUAGAGAUCUGCAAGAGAAUCACGAAUAUCUUGUGAGAAUCUUUGCACGAAACGAGAUCGGAUUCAGCGAUCAUUUGGAAUCAGAGGAACCUUUUAAGAUUAUACCAACAUCAGAAUUGUCGUGCGUGGAACCAAUUGCAGAGGCAAUGGACAAAGGUGAAACUGCAUCGAUCAGCUUUAGCACAGAAAACACAAGUUCAUGGUUGCGAGAACACAAUAUGGAUGCCGAUAUACAUUCGUACGCAAAAGCGAGAUUACUUAGAAAAGACGAGUACUUUUUCCGCAUUUGGCACUAUGCUAAAAAGCUGUUUGAAUAAGCAUUUGUACAUGUAUAAUUUUGAACAUUUCUAUCGUAGAGUCGGCGGAUGUAUAAUUGAUCUUCUCCGCAUUUUCGAUUUUAUUCUUCAUCAAACGCUGUACAUUAAAUCAAUGUUCAUAAAUUUGAUUCUUAAAAUAAUAUAUUGACUAUGAUAGUGCCAUUAAUUGUUCCUCUGUAAAAUUGAUUUGCGUAUAUAACGAUCAUAUAUGUGGAAAUUAAUAUUUUUGUGAGACUGGAUAUAAAUAUUUUGCCGAGUGCUAAUCUAGUUAGGAUAAAGUGAUCGAUAAUCUUUUUCAUGCUUUUGAUCACAACGCUCGGGAAAUAUACUCCAUUAUACGAUUUGCUUUUUAAAUUCUAGUUUGUCGGGAAAUAUUAUAAAUUACGCUCUCGUGAUGUUUUUAAAUUUUCUGUCGCUAAUGCGUGCCAUUAAAAUAUUAUAUAUAUUCAUAGCGGUAACGACAAGCGAUAACGAUCCGUUGUGCAUUUUAGUAAAUUCUCAAAUUCGAAAUUUUCAAAUAUACGGCAUUCUACAUCUAUUAGCGAUGUGUGUCUAUGUCAUUAAGUAUGUAACAUUCGUUUCUAUUUGUAUAGCAAAGCCAAAGCUUGCGAUUAUUUUAGUAUUUAUUCUCCAAAUGUAUGUUAAUAUAAUGUAGAUUAAUAACUUCUCGUUACUAUUAUCCAAGAUAAUAUAUAUAAUUUUGAUUAACAUUGAUAAUAUAAUAUUGAUACACGAAAUGAACGAAACGAAGAAAUAUAACGCGUAUUUGGUAAGUGAGACAUGAAAUAUAGGUGCAAUUAUAAACAUUAUCAACCAAUGACGCGUCGUAUACUUCAUAUUAUUUAUGUAAAAUUAUAUAAUAUUGUAAAAUAUUUUAUUGAUUAAAUUAUUUCAAAUAUAUAA